CGAAGUGAUCAGUCUUUGAGAAGCGAGUUUUGUGGUUAUUGUGACUGUGACCAUAAUGUUAAAGGGACAGUGUAAGGAAACAAUAGAGAGUGUAGUGGCAGGGUUAAGGUGAUGGCAGCGCGGAAGUGCAGUGUUUGAAAAAGCGGUGCUGGAGUUGGUGAUGUUUUGACGGUAGUGUUAAAGAGACAGUGUAAGAAAACAGUGUUGCAGGAGUACUUACAGUGCAGUGGAGUUGUGAUAAGGAGGUGCAGCGGAGUGGCCAGUGUUUGAGGAAGCGAUUUUAUGACCAAUAAAGGAUAUUUUGACGGAAGUUUAAAGGCACUGCGUGAGAAAGCAGUGCUGGAGGACCGAAGUACUGCUGCGAGAGUAGUGGUGGUACUGGAGCGGUGAUGCAAUGCGCUAGAGGUUGUGAAUGGAAGGGAAAGGUUCACUCGAUAACCUGAAUCACUGAAGUGUCGCCGCUUUUAGCAAAUAAGAAGUUUGAGGUUUAAAGGGAAUGAAGCAGUCGAACUAGCGAAUGUUGUGGAGGAGGCAAACUGUUAUGGAUUGGUGACCGUUCUUUGCAGAUUCGAAGUGGAAAGGAAGAGGUUCACUUGAAAAUCUGAAUCACUUGGGUGUUAUCGCGUUUAGCAAUUGAGAGUUCGGAGUGGAAAAAAUAAAUAAAAUAAAAAGAAUCAGUGUCGGUUUAAAGGGUUGUGCACUCACCAGCGCCUCUCCCAUCACCCGUGCUCGUAAAAACAGGAGCCAAGAGGAAAUCCGGGUCCCCAGCUUGCCACCUCCCGCAGCAGUGAAGAGGCGGUAGAGGAGUGGCUUCAGUCCCGCGCCUCGCCCAGGUAUAGGCGGGAGGGCGCGUGGGUGCCUGCUGGUGCGGAGGAGCCAUGUGGAGAGCGCCGCGCCGGGCCUCCCUCCCUAAGCCCCUCCACGCCCGCCGCCCUCACCGCCUCGUUACCCAUGUCGCGUGAGAGGAUUGAGCGGCGGAAGCUAUGGAUGCAGAUGGGCGCGGGCGUGCGCGUGGAGGUGGUGCUGCUGGACGCCCGCCGCCUGGAGGUGCACGUGGGGCCCAGACUGCUGACCCACGAGCUGCUGGCCAUGGUGGCCUCCCACUUCACCCUCAGGGAGCACCAGUACUUCUCGCUGGCACACCUCGACUCCACGGGCCACUACCAAUGGUUGACCCACGAGAGGCGUGUGGUGGACCACGAGUGUGUCAGAACCCACACUGGCGCCGCGCCCCUCACUCUCUACUUCCUCGUCAAGUACUACGUCGAGUCCAUCCUUCAGCUUCAGGGUUCCCAGACAGUGGAGCUCUUCUACCAGCAGGCCCGGAGUCUCGUCUAUAAGGGUCAUUUGGAGGCGGAGAGUGACACGGCUUUUCGGCUCGCGGCCCUCGCCCUCCAAGCCACGUACGGGGACUUCACGCAAGAGUCCGCCACUCGGUCCCACCUCAAGAAGGCGCAGCUCCUGCCCACCAGUGUGAUCCGCGAGCAUCCCUCCCUGCAGUACUGCGAGGAGCGGGUGAGCGAGGAGCACCGUCGCCUGCAGGGCUACACCCGCGGCCACGCCAUCCUGCAGUAUAUGAGCCUGGUGGAGCGCCUGCCGACCUACGGAACUCACUACUACGAGGUACGGGACCGCUCCAAUCUUCCGUGGUACUUGGGCCUCAGCUACCGCGGCAUCGCCCAGUACGACUUCCUUGACAAGAAGAAGCCACGGAGGGUUUUCUUGUGGAAGCAAUUAGAGAACCUUUACUUCAGGGAGAGAAAGUUCUCCAUUGAGGUUCAUGAUCCUAAAAGAGUGGUGCACACCCUGAGCUCCUUUAACCUGUACGAGGAUGCCAUAGAGGACUCGCGUGACCCCCACCAUGAUGACCUGCUAGCGGCCAUCACUGAAGCCACCACACAAGUGUCAGUGUCACGGAGGACAUUUGGGCCAGGCAACGUCAGUGUCUACGUUUGGUUUGCAGAGACUCAGUCGCUCUGCAAAGCAAUCUGGUCCAUGGCGAUCGCACAGCACCAGUUCUACCUUGACCGUAAAACCUCCAGAAGUGAAGCUAGUGGAGUGCGGGAGCUUCCAGAGCUGGCAGUUGAGUUGUCCCGGAGCUGUGUGUCACUCUCCACACACUCCUCCUCCUCAAACCUGUCACGGUCCGGCUCACAAUCCUCACUUGUUAACAACUCAUUAGCAGAGGACAGUGCUAGUACAGAGAGUCUCCACCAAGCCAGAAUGGAGAUGUACAGUGCCCUGAAGGAAAGAAGAGAUGCCCUACAGGAGAAAAUUAAGGAAAAGGAGGAGGAAUUGAGAUUGCUCUGCUUACGAGAGGGAGAGCUGACAGGAGAAUUGCCCCCUGAAUAUCCAGUCACUCCUGGACAGCCUCCACCAACUGUGCGCAAGAGAGUUGGCACUUCAUUUGCUCUCAGUGAAAACCUCAUUAGUAAGAUUAUUAACAAACAGGAGGAGACAGUUGCUGCCCUGGAGUUAGAAUAUGAGAUUCAGGGAAAAAUUACCAGUGCUGCUCUCAGACUUGCUAAUGAAACUUCAGCUCGGAAAGGAGUCAGAAAACAACGCAAGAUGUCUUAUCAGCAGUCAGUGCAGAGAUUAAAAGAUUUGGAAACUAAACUAAAAGCAGCAAGGUCAAAACAAGCAGCCACAGCCGCCAGUAUGCCGAAGCAAAAGAAAAAGCCUCGGCCAGUCUCAGAUAGUGAAGGUGUAGGCGGUUACGACGACAGUGCCAACUUGAGUACCGCCACUGUCACCAGCAGUCAGGAGUGCCCUCAGGAUAGCAUAUGUGAACCUCACCGGGAUGGCCUCAGUGGGGAGGGAGUGAGUCUUUCCCCAGCCGCACCCACCCAUCCUCCAGUCUCCCCUCGCUCUCCUCAGCUCCCAUCUACCCCAGUCAGAGCACGAGCAAGGCGUGACCUGUCACCAGGUGGCCACAGCAUAGGAUCUGGGGGUGUCCACUCAGCUCCAACAAGUCCUCACAAACAAACCAAUGGAACAGUGUGCUCCAGACCUGCCAGUCCCAACAGACCCAGCAGUGGAUACAUUCCCAGCUCAGUGUACACCAGAAGCCAGUACCGAAGUCAGCAGUACCCCACACUGUCCACAAGGUCCCAGUCAGUGCCGGCAGAUGAGGGCCGCAUCCCACAUCCUCGCAUUGCCACUCUCAAUGGGCCAGCAUACUCAGGGGUGGACCCAGCCCUUACCGAGACUCCCGGAGGCCUCUAUAACAUCCCUCAGCAACGCACCUCCUUGGCCUGCCAUAGUGUGGAUGACCUGGAUACCUCCACCCUCAUCACCCACACCCACCCACACCCCAACCACCACCACCCUUACAGACAGAGAAAUGACUCCCAAGAUAGGUACGGCAGCCUGGACCGGCGGUGGUCCAACAGCGGACGGCUUGAGUCACGCAGCAUGGAACACCUAGAGUCUGUCCCCUCCCCUGCCACAGCCCCUUCCAAUCAUCAUUCAGUGUCACCCCACAUACACCCAACCCACACAGGUUCAUAUUCCCAUCAUCCACACUACCACAACCACCAUUUCCACACCCCAGAACACUCAGAAGCCAUGGACACCACCAGUGACUCUCACCCCACAACAGCCAACUGUAGCUUUGACACUAUGUCCAGUGAGAGAUCAGGAGGAACAGAUGUGGUGGACGGAGGUGGUUCCUCGUACAGGCACCAGGGAGGCUCACAGAACUACAGACACCGUAACAAGAGUGGUCCUGGUUUGCCUGCCCCACCCUCCCAGCACCAUCGGGGGCAGGGCCAUGGAGCUGUUCAGAGGUCACAGAGUGGUACAGUGCAUGUUUUGGUGAGAACAGCCAGUGGCAGAAGUUACAUGGAGACUACUUUCAUGUCAGAACCUAAUCAGAACCAAGAAAACAUUCCCCCCUACCGAAUGACCUCAGAGUUACAACCAUUACGUUCCACCAAUGGAAAGCAUCAUGAAAGUCUCCCUCCCCUUCAUUCCUCAAGUUCUUCCAGUAGUGUUGACCACCAUUCUAUGAGACAAGCACCCACAGACAUAACUCCCCUUAGAGUUACAAAACCAAGUGACAUACCUCCUUUAAGAGCCACCAGCUCUAAAGCUGAACCUCCAAAUAGUCAUAAUGUUUCUAUGAAUACCUCUAUGAGCUCUAUGACUGAAGAACCCUUAAUCUCCUUAGCGGAAGCUGCAAGAAUGAAGAAGGAACGAGGGAAAGAGUGGUACGAAACCUCUCUAGACUCACCAGCAUCAGGACGUCGCCUGAAAAAAAUUAUAAAUAAUGCUGAUAUCAAUGAAUCUUGUCAGAUCAAUGGGAAUGUGUCCUCUAGCCAGUCAAAUCUUAAUGUUAGUGGCAGCAGUGUGGGCAGCACUGGCAGUAGUAACAGCAGUAUAUUCCAGUCUCGUUCUGACUCUGCCGAUACAUCCCAUGCCUCAGUUCCUUAUGAGUCUCCUCAGAACCACAUGAUCAUCUCUGCUGGAACUUAUCAGCCUUCAAGAGAAGUAACUAAACCUUUUGAAAUGUCAGACUUCUACAAGUAUAGUACAAAAUAUAGACGGCAGAGCUCAAGUAACCUGGGCGGGAUAAAUGGAAGCAGUACCACAAGUGGGUCGGUGAGCAGUGUGAGCAGUGGUGGUGAUACACCCUUGUCCCCAGUGCUACCCCCCAGGACCCAGAUGAUGGUCAGCAACAGCAAGCUGCUGCCACCCUCACCCAACAUGGUUGCUCACCACUCUGCUCCAGCUCCUCAACAAAAGGGUGUGUACCAGCCCCUGACACCUCUCACCUGCCAGCCGGUAGAGGUCAUGAAGGGCUCACCUGCUCCUGGUGAACCUCAGGAUCCUGUGGGAGGAUCCUGGGACACAGCUCCUCUCCAUCAGGCAGUUCCUGCUACAGUCACUCAUAAACGUUCUGCUACCUUGGUCUGAGGUAAAGUGUGGUUGAGAUUUAUGGAAUUCAAAUCACUUUAAUUUAUUCUUUCUAUAAUAGAAAGAUACUCAGAGUGACUCAUAUUUCCAUAUUGGUGCUCCAGUCAUAUAGUAUAAUUAAGUAUAUAAAUAUCUAUGUAUAUCUAUAUAUAUAUGAAUAUAUAUAUAAAUAUGAAAAUCAAAUUCAGUCAUUGUAUAUAGUUUUCUGUUGACAUUUUUUAGUGUUGAUCUCAUUCUAAAAGUGAAUGAACAAUGUUUAACUUAUGUUUUUUUACUGUAUGAUCUGACAACUUAUCUACAAGUCUUAUCAUGGACUGAGUAUCUCAGCCCUUUAUUAAACCUUGUUAGAGUUGGUGUGGUUGAACAAGUUCACUUUGAUGCAGAAGUUUUAUUCUCUAAAGUAGCUCAGUUUGCAGAGAUGAAAAUAUCUGGCCUGGUUAAGUAAUCAGAAUGUGAUCAUAGGUUUCAAAAGUAUUAUAGACCACCCAAGAUUCUUAUUCUGCUUUUUUAAUUGAACUAUUUUAAGUAACAUGUUUUAAUUUAAUAAAUGUAUCCCAUUGUUCUCCAGUAAGGCUCAAAGCUUAGUACCACCAAGGUGACAAUCUAAAAACAUUCAUUCAAUCCACACUACUCCUGUGAAUCACAGCCACUGGCUUUAAUAAUAUCUGGAUGAACAAUGUCCUGUGACACAACAUGUGAACCACACACCACCUUGAUGUGUGUACUAUAACUGCUCCUCAUUAUAAUGGCGUCCAGCAAAAUUAUGUCAUAUCUUUUGCAUUUCUUUCUAUUGCUUUGAACCAAUUUGUAUAAAUUUAAGAAGAAUAUUGUCAGACACAAAGUCCAAAACAGUGUGAAAAUAUUAAUGAAACAUUAUAGGUUUCCUUGAGUGAGAACCCUUAAUUCUCUUAGCACUAACACAUUUUUUUUCAGGUUUGUGAAAUAACUGCACAAAAAAAAAAGUUUGAAUAGCACCAUUAACAUAAAUUAUCAAGACCAUCACAUGAGCACAUCAUUAAGUUGAUACUUAGUAAUCCAUUAAUAGUUUGAAUUGGUUGUGAAAAGUAAUUAUUUACCAUAACCAAUUCAAACUAUUAUAAGGAACAACAGGAAAUCUUUUACAGAUAUGAGCAUGUAAAGAAGCUAAUUAUACCUUACAAGAUUGUGAGAAACCGAAUAAUGUUGAAAUAUUGAAUGUUAACAUUUAUGGUCAGUAGCUUCCUUUGUAUAUAUUUUAGAGUUUUCACUAAAUCCUGAUGAAUGUUUUUGCCACAAAUGGUGUCCUGGACUUGCCUUGAGUAACUAAAGAUUAUCACCUAGGAUGUAUGAUCUUAAGUUUAUUUCAUAUAAUGUGGAGGUUGCCCAUCCAGAUAUUAUAAGGAUAACUGGACCAGCCUUUUAUAUAUAUAUAUAUAUAUAUAUAUAUAUAUAUAUAUAUAUAUAUAUAUAUAUAUAUAUAUAUAUAUAUAUAUAUAUAUAUAUAUAUAUAUAUAUAUAUAUAUAAAGUUCUCCUUAAUUUGAUAAGAUGAGAAGAAUGUUGGUCCUUAUCCAGAUAUUGGUUUGUGGACACAGUUUUCUGUCCAUCUCAUGCCAGUGAUGAGAGGGAUGAACUAAUGCAUGACAAUACAAAGUACAACACAAAAGACUUAUGUUACCAGGAAAAAAAAAAAAAAAUCCUCAAUUUUGGGAAUGGCACUUUUAAUCAGUGUCCUAAAGCCUCAAGUGGUAAUCUGUGCCAGUGUAUCUCUGUGUAUCCAGAAAGACUUGAUAGCCUGUGUUACAGCCUCAGUAUUUCAUAUCAGCAUCACCUCAUUAUUAACAUUGUUUGAUUUACAUGUUGUUUCACUUUAUUUUACACCAGACUCAUUUGUUUACUGUAUUAGAUCCAUGAUUACCUCAAAAGCAUAAGAAUAUGUGCCAGAAAUUUCAGCCAUUAGUCCCAAAAUUGCGAAUAUACUUAUCAUGACAUAGUAAUUCUGAUCAAAAUUUUUGUUUUUCAAUGCAAGCAACAGAUAUAGCUAUUUUUAAAGGAACACUUAUUUCUUCCUUCACAAAUUACCAUUUUAUUUAAUGUUACUAUAGAUAAUUUGAAUAUACUUUUUUUAAUAAACCUGACAUGUCCAGCUUUUUAUAAGUAUAAUUCAGACUCAUUAAGCUUUUAGCAAAAAGUAUAAAUACAAUAAUAAUAAUAAUAAUAAUAAUAAUAAUAAUAAUAAUAAUAAUAAUAUAAAUCUUUUAUCCAAUACAGUAUGACUUUUUUGAUGUUGUUAUUCCUCAUGGUGCCAAGGAAUUUUUCAUGAGUGACAACAGAGGUCAGUAGUCCUGCAUGCAUCAACAGCCAUCAAAUCAUUUAUUGUGUUUUAUUGUUUUAGUUGACUGAAGGUUGCAAAAAUUUUGAUAUUGUAAUGGCUGUCAUUACAGGUACCAUAUUGAGGAAAAUUUUAAGUUCUUACACUUUUAUUAAUGUGACUAAUUAAACUGUAUUUUAUUGACAUUUAUGAAGGACAUGAAGCUCAAGCUGAAUUAGUCUUGAUUAAAGAGUAUUUAUUAAUGACCAUUAUAUCUGCUGGCAUAUCUUUUAGCUGUCAGAGACCUUUUGCAUUUCCCUGAGGAUGAGCUGACCCCAGUGGGGCCAGGAUACUGCUGAGGCUCAAGGAAGGUGCCUACAAAGACAUUGCAUUUACAAUGACCAGAUUUUGCUCCUUUUAAUGUCAACCUCAAGUUGUUUCUGUAUUUGACAGCCGCAAACAGCUGAAGUUUUUAACAAUAACCGAAACUGACUGUUUGGGAAGGUAUUUUUCAUACUAUAUGACAACACCUGUCCUCAAUGAAUGUGGCAGCCAGGCCUCAGACAACUUACCAAAGAUAAGUGCCUUUUUUUUAUACCGACGGAAAUGUAGAUAUGUGUAAACAUUUUGUACAGCAAAAUAUAAAUGGAUAUGUUACUGA